CUUUAACCUGGCAGAGCAUUCCAAGCUGCAAUAAAAAGAGCCAGUCUCUCGCCGCUUGUAUCGAUUGCCAUCGCAACAGUUGAUCCUCCAGGUUCCAGAAAGAGAAUUCCAAACUACGCUUGCCAUCCGUUACAAUCGAGUGCUACUCGUUCGACUUUUACAUAUCGGCAUACCUUGUCUUUACAAAGAACAUUCAGCGAACCUGCAACGACUUGCUACCGCCAUCAUGGGUGUCUGCGGUGCCGUACUUAUCGUCAUUGCCACCAUCUUCUUCCCUCCGCUCGGCGUAUGGGCUGUGGCAGGAUGUGGAAUGGACAUCUUUAUCAACAUAUGCCUGACUAUUCUUGGAUACUUUCCGGGCCACAUACACGCAUUUUACCUCGAAUAUGUCUACUAUGACCGGAAACAACAAGCCCGCGAGGGUCAUUAUCCGCCGCGCCGCGCUCCAGGCAUCUACUCUGACAAGGUGCAAACGGGCGGACAAGGCCGUCGACAAGGCUAUGGAACGAUGGCGCCGGCGCCUGGUGCGCCUAUAGGAGGCCCGGCCUAUGAUAGCCAAGGUUAUGGUAACCAAGGUUAUGCUAAUCAGGGCUAUGUAAAUCAGGGCUAUGGUAACCAAGGUCAGGGCAACCAAGGAUACGCCUGAGUGUCUCUAUUUCAGUAGGGAACAUGGUUGUGAAAUUGUGCAAUGAAGAGGGGAGAUGAUUCAAGACGCAGACUGAGAGGCGCGGCUUCAACCGAAAUGGAUUUUGUAGGUCGACCUGAAUGGUGUUGGGCUGAGUUGAACGGACACAAGUCGUCUUGAAUGAACUUCCAAAGCAGGUGUCUAACCAAUUUGGUUCAGAGAGUCCAGGCCGACAAGCUGUAGGCUGUCUAUGAGUGAGAGCUGUUCAAGCUGAAGUAGAAAUAAUAUUACCUUACAAUCAUAUUGGUUAUUG